CACCAAAAGUUGAGAGCCUUGUCUCCUGGACCCUCAUCAAACAAUGUGUAGGGUUAAGUGUGCAUAUGGGUGUGGAGUGGCAUUGCAUGCCCACUCCCAAUUAAUUUGGACUAUUAUACAUGCCAGCCUUCUUUGCUCUCUAGCUAUAUAAACACCUCCAAUUCCUCUAAACAAACCAAAUCAAACCAAACCAACAAAGAAGAAGAGCCAAAAUUAAGGCCUUAAUAUUUGCUUCAGCUCCCUCUCUUUUAUCUUCUCAUCCUCUUGGUUUCAUCUAAUCAAAGUUCUAAGUAUGAAGCUGAGGAGCCAAGGAAAGCAAAGGGGGCUCAGCAGAACCCUCAGGGAGCACAAGGCCAGGCUUUACAUCAUUCGUCGAUGCGUCGUCAUGCUCCUCUGCUAUCAUGACUGAUCGCGCAUCAGCUAGCGUUCACCAACUUUUCCUUCUCGUUGUGGCCUGUGUGUCAUGAGUUUCGAAUACAGUGGAUUAGUCAGCUUCGUUGCAAGCUGAUCAAGUUGCAACGGGGGCGACUAGAUCUCUCUAGUACACCGCAAAUAUCCCCCUUUUUUUGUGUUUUCUGCCGACAUGGCGGUUUUUUGUAUAUAUAUAUAUAAUAUACUAUUCGCUUAGUUUUUAGGAUUUUUUUUUUUUUGGCCUUUUCUUUGAUA